AUGGACAACUGGAAUUCGACGUGUGAUUUAGUCAAAGAUGUUAAUGCAUCCUACAAUCCACCUAUAAUUAUUAUAACCUUCGUCCUCGGAUUUGUUGGAAACGUCGUUGCUUUAUGGAUCUUCAGUUUUCAUGUGAAAUCCUGGAAACCAAACACAGUUUAUUUACUGAAUCUGGCGAUUGCAGACACUCUAUUAAUCUGCUGUUUACCGUUUCGAGCAGAUUACUUUAUCCGGGGGAAGAAUUGGAUUUAUGGUGAUAUUCUUUGUCAUCUGAAAGUAUUUUUGAUUUACCUAAACCGGGUAGGAAGCAUCAUGUUCCUCACAGCGAUGGCGAUCGAUCGGUAUUUUAAAGUGGUCCACCCUCACUACAGGGUGAAUACGAUGUCUACAAGGUGUGCAGUGAAGGUAGCCGCAGAACCUCGCUCCUUCGAGCACGACGACCUGACAUACUGUGAACCAUUUGACAUAUCGCAGCCACUACGCCCGACAGCAAUUUGGACCGAUACUGUUUUUAUUCUUUUCAAGUUUGCUAUCCCGGCUCCGAUUAUCCUCUUCUCCACGUCCUGCAUCAUCUGGAAGUUAAAACAGAUAAAAAUUGAGUUGAGAAGUAAAUACAAAAGAGCGAUGAAGCUUGUGAUCGCUGUGGCUGCAGUGUUUGUGCUUUGUUUCUUACCCACAAACAUUGCUGUUAUUGCUGUGUUAAUCACGAAACUAAGAGGCGCUAAAGGCUGUAAAUCAUAUGAGACAGCUGUUCAUGUCUUUUAUAAUACACUAUUUAUGACAAAUCUGAACAGUGUCCUGGAUCCAGUUAUUUACUACUUUUCAAGUUCGACAUUCAAAAAUGCUUUAAUGAAAGCAAUGAUGCAGGACGUGGAGAAGAGGAUAAUCGGAGCCGGGAUAGCAAAAAGAUACUUUCUGAAUUCCUGA